CUCCCAAGCCAAUGCAAACAUCUAGUCUGGAGAUAAUAAUUAAAAUCAUUUCAUGAAGAUCUCCGUCGCAUGAAAAUUCAAAAUCUUGAAAUGAAAUUUUUAAGCGCUGACUACGGCACAGAGACAGCUGCUAGGAGUGGGGCAGGCAGUGUUUGGCAUCCCCAACAUCAACCAGAAUAAAAAAUUUAAUGAUCAUGUUGUGUUGUAGACGAAACCAUUAUGACACAAUGUGAUGUGUGCCUGUUAAUAGAAAAACCCAUAAAAUUCCCCUCACUAAAUCUGCUUUAAAGGCACUGCACAGCAUUGGCAGGCUGGUCUUCUGAACAAGCCUACAACAAUGGCUGCUCCAUUACUACUACUGAUGUUAGUAACUCUAACUAGCAUUACUACUAGUAUUGUUCCAGUGUCUUCAAUAUCUGUCAAUGAUACGGAGGUGUUGUUGGAAUUCAAGGCCCUCGCAGAUUCUCACCAGUUAUUGAACUGGAGCACCAGCGACGCUUGCAGAGACAAAUGGCAGGGAAUAACCUGCGAAAAUGGCAGAGUUUUCUUUGUUUCGCUGAGCAAUUACAAUUUACGAGGACCCAUCGACCCACUUGGCCGCCUCGAUCAGCUCAGGCUCCUUAACCUGCAAUCCAACCGCCUUAAUGGCUCCCUGGAUGCUCUGUCUCACUGUUCUAAUUUAAAACUGGUUUAUUUGAGCUCUAAUGAUUUUUCGGGUUCGAUUCCCCCCGAGUUUUCUCUCCUUAAGCGCUUGCUUCGCCUUGACCUUUCUAACAACAAUUUGCACGGCCAGAUCCCUUCUGGGUUCCGCAAUCUUUCGCGUCUCUUGACGCUCGAGUUGCAGAAUAACAUUCUGACAGGACCCGUGCCUGAUUUGAGCUUUUUGACGCAGUUCAAUGUGUCCAACAAUCAGCUUUCCGGCGAAAUUUCGCAGAAUUUGGUUCAAAAAUUCUCGUCCUCGGCUUUUAUUGGCAAUGCGGGGCUAUGCGGUAAAUCGCCCCCUUUUUCUGCUUGUCCGGUUCUUGUGCCUUCGAACCCUAGUCCAGACCCUGAUCCCAACCCGGGUUCGAUUCCCUCUCCAAAAAAGGGUAGUAAGACAUUGAGCACAGGCGCUAUUGUGGCCAUUGUUGUGGGUGAUGCUGCUGUGCUCAUUUUAAUAGCGCUUGUUUUUGUUGCCUACUAUUGGAGAAAGUAUGCGCGAGAGGCGAGGAUUAACAGAAAGAGUGGGGUCGAAAAGACGGACUUUUCUGGUGCCGGCACGCCUGAAAUGGAGAGGUCUAAAUUGGUGUUUUUUGACAGAAAGAAGCAGUUUGAGCUGGAAGAUUUGCUGAGAGCUUCUGCGGAGAUGUUGGGUAAAGGGAGCUUUGGGACUGCUUACAAGGCUGUCCUUGAUGAUGGCUGCGUUGUUGCUGUCAAGAGACUGAAAGAUGUGAGUCCGCUGGCUAGGAAGGAUUUUGAGCAGCAUAUGGAGAUGAUUGGGAAGCUUAGGCAUCCCAAUAUAGUCAAGCUGAGGGCUUAUUAUUAUGCAAAAGAGGAGAAGCUUCUUGUGUAUGAUUAUCUGCCCAAUGGGAGCCUCUAUUCGCUUCUGCACGGGAAUCGAGGUCCUGGAAGGACACCUUUGGACUGGACUACACGUAUCAGUUUGGUUUUAGGAGCUGCCCGAGGUCUUUCUUAUAUCCAUGAGGAGUAUGGAUCCUUAAGGGUUCCACAUGGCAACAUUAAGUCCUCCAAUAUUCUUUUGGACAAAAAUGGUAAUGCGUGCAUUUCUGAUUUUGGACUUGCUCUCCUCCUUAACUCUUCUCAUGUAUCAACUAGAUUGGCAGGAUAUAGAGCACCUGAACAGAAUGAGACCAAAAAGUUGUCACAAAAAGCUGAUGUUUAUAGCUUUGGUGUCUUGCUGCUUGAGAUUCUGACUGGAAAAGCCCCUGUACAUUAUCAUUCUCAAGAGGAAGGAGUUGAUCUCCCAAAAUGGGUUCAGUCUAUAGUUCGUGAGGAAUGGACAGCAGAAGUGUUUGAUCUCGAAUUGAUGAGGUACAAGAACAUUGAAGAAGAGAUGGUUUCUAUGUUACAGAUUGCUCUGACCUGUGUCUCACAGUCACCUGAGCAGCGCCCCAAGAUGAGCGAAGUUGUUAAGAUGAUAGAGGAUAUAAGGGUCGAGCAGUCUCCACAUGGCGAGUGGGAUGAGUCCCACUCUGUUUCUCCUUCUAUCUCAGAAGAUAUUGUAAACAGUUACUGAAGCAUCACUUAGCUUCAUUUGGGUUCUGCCAUCGUUUGCUUCCUAUUUUUCUUGUUUAUUGUGAGAGCUGUUAAUUUGCUGUAUUAUAUCUUUUCUAGAGUCUCACUAUAAUUGCUGGAACAAGAAUUUUUUGUAAUGUCUCUCAAGUUCCUGAGGGCACAUUUUUUAUGGUUUAUAUUUCAGUUAGAGGGGUUUUCUAAUAUUGUGUCUGUCUGUUGGAGAAUUUGCUGGGCAAGAUUGUUUACCAGUAAUUACUGGUUACCGUGAUAAAUAAGUAAUUGCUUCUAGUUGUCUGUUCA